GAAUAAUUCAGAAAGGAGAGUGGAGCACCUUGGAUGGCAUGGUGUGAAGGCUUCUCCCAGAUAUGUGGAAAUAGCACAGAAAAAACACAAAGGCACUGCUAUCCAUCAGCUGUAAGCCAGUAGAGGCAGGAGCAGUUUUCUCACGUAUAAAUAAGAAAUACUUGGAGAAAGGGCUUUGACUGUUGAACAAGAUUAUAUAGGUUCACUAUGUGAAAUCAGCCACAGAAGUAUUCUGCUUAUGAGUCAAAGGGCUUUUUUUUUAAAUACUUUUUUUUCUUGACCAAACCUUGUGACACGUAGCCUCAACUCUUUAAACCCCAUAGGAUUGAUUUCAGUUGUCUUUCAUUACAGUGAAGGAAAGGUUCCUGUUACACAAUGGAAGGUUACCCAUUUCAUCGCUUCUGGUAGUUGACAUCAUUGAGCUGCCUGUCUCCACCACCUACUUCUCCUGUGUCACCCUCUCCUCUUCCUCUGCUUUCAAUUCCCCUUCUCCUUCUAUGUUCAGCUAAGGGCAGGCAUGCUCCCCAUUCUUCUCUCCUCUGUGCCAGUUGUUCUGGGCACUCUGGCUCUUUGCAGUCCAUAAACUCUGUGCCUCUCCCAUGGCAUACCCAGUUAUCUUGAACCUAACCACAGUCACUGUAAAACAGAGGUCUGUCAUAGCAUGCUUCUGGUUGCUAAUGGCUGUUAAAGCGCAGAGAAGCAUUUCCAUUAGUUGAAAGGACAUGUGAGAUUAACUUUCUCAAAAAUCUCUCUUGAAACUUCUUCCUGUUUUACUGCUACUUGGGGAGCACUGGAGAAGGCACUGCAGUGUUUUCAACCUCUAAAAUACUUCUUUAAUUUUUCCUUCUUACAGCAUCAUGGAGGUCUGCAUAUCCUUUCUUUUUGCCAUAAUACUUCUCCCAGGUAUCGCUGCCAAUGUGCAUCAUGUGAAGUCAUUUCUCAAUCACACUGCAUACCUAUCUUGCUAUUUCCCAAACUCUCAGAAAACUGACAUAAAGAAUAUAAUAGUUUUUUGGCAAAAAGAUACGGGCGAAGUGGUACAUGAAGUUUUCCUUGGCCAGGAAAUACAUGAUCACCUUAGUCCUAAGUACAUAAAUCGGACCAAGAUGGAUAUGGACAAAUGGACCUUGCAAUUGUUAAAUGUAAGGAUUGUGGAUGAGGGGCAGUAUAAAUGUAUUAUUAUGCACAUGGACAAGGGACCAAAAAAGAUCAUACACGAAUCGGAGUGCUUACUGCACAUCACUGCCAACUAUAGUCAACCUGUGAUAGCACAGCUACACAGUGGGGAACCAAAGCCCAGUGAAAACUUGAAUCUUUCCUGUUCUUCCAGCGGAGGUUAUCCAGAGCCCAAGCAGAUGAUUUGGCUAAUUUCAAGUGAAAACAUGACAGAUAGGCUUAUACGACGCAUGGAUGUCUUACAGGAUGCUGUAACAAAGCAGUAUAAUGUUACCAGCAAGCUCAAUAUCCCAGUUCCUACAAAUACACUCACUAAUAUUAGCUGUUUGCUUCACCUUGGAGAGCAGCAGAGGAGCCUUAUCUCAGUGCCACUAGUCAUAGAGAUACAGGCAGAAGAAAUGGAACCAGUGAAGGUAAAUUUCUUUGGCCCACUUAUAGCUGUAAUUUUACUGAUCACACUUCUUCUGGGUUUUUUGAUACUGAAGAACAGAAAUAUCUCAUCUACCAGCCAGAGUGUCAGUCUCGCAGUCUAAAAGGUAUCCAGCUUGAAAUAGAUGUCAGCAGCUAUAGACUGCUGACUGGGAACCAUUUCUGCACAUAGUGAGGUCUGAGGUCCCAUUGUUUCAGAUGCCGUGCCAGAACAAGAAUCCUCUCCAAACAGUCUGCAGAACAACAUGCAAUAUUUUCGUCUGAUGACUGAAGUCCACUGUCCAGUGUUCUUUGCUUUUAUUUUUGCUACAGAACAGUAGCAAAUACAAUACUCCAGCUGUCUCUAUGAGUUUAUUUUACCCUUUGGGGAAAACUCUCCUGAUUUAAUGGGCUUUUUGGUCAAACAAUUGUCAAUGUGCACCUCAGUCUUCUACAUUAUGCAGUCCUGAUCACUAAGAGAAAAUGCCACUUUGGACAUUCCUGCACUCAGUGGCUUGAUUCACUUCUGAAUGGACUAAUAUGGUUUUACCUUCUGUGAUACUACCUAGGUAUAAAGAACUGGAUUUAGUGAUCUCAUUAAAUCUGGAAAGAAGAGAUGAAAACUUUGCCAUCCUCAUGCCACACACAAACACACACACCAAAAAAAACAAAAAAAAAAAAAAAGGAAACCUUUCUUCCAACACAAAGAGGUAUCAUGUAUUUAGCAACUGGUAGGAAGAUGGCGAGAUAUGAAGGGCAGAAAUCUUCCCACUUUGUCACAGUAACAAAUAAGCAGAGAAGCAUAGCAAGCACCUGCUCCAACUGUUAUAAGUACAAAAUAUCUUCUUUUCAUUGUUUUCUUUUGUUUUGCUUUUUGCUGGGACUCCUUCACCUUUGACAAGGCCACAGAAAACAGCUAAGCACUUAGCAGCACUACUAUCACUGGCUAAGUGGCAGGUUUUUUAAGGGCAGAGGCUGACUUGGGAGAAUCCUGAGAGUCUGCAUAAGGAGAAGCUGUUUAAAAGUCUAAGCACUCCCCAAGAUCCUGCAGUCUUCAGUUGUAUGGUUAGGUUUGACACCUGUGACUGUUUUGCUGUAUCUUUCAUUAUGCUCUAUGACACUGUAAAAUGCUGUCAGUGAGAGUCAAUGAAGAGAGCAGAAUAGCAAGGGUUGCAGAAGUGAAUGUCUCAGAAAUAGAAAGAGUUGGGCCCUAACGUGUGAAUCAUUGACCUUGCUGGAAAUACGAUCAGAGUCAGGGUAUUUAAUCAUGGGACAUAAAUGCUCUGAGCUUUGUAUGGCUUUGUACGAGCAACUUUCUUGUACAUUCCACAGUAGAAAAAGGAACUUAAAGACACUGCCCCACCUUCUGAGAAAAGCCGUGAAAUUUCCAUAGGGUAUUUAAAACUAGAAAUAACUGAAAGAAAAAACUAUUUUGAAUGUAAUUCUUUGUUAUUGUAACUUUUUUUCUAAACUAUUCAAGAUUAAUAUCUUCCUAUGUAUACUGACCAGAUGCUGUACUACAGAUUUUUCAGGUGGAUGCAGGCAUAGCAUAUUAAAGCAUGAGGUAUCAUUCAUUUGUGUAUAAAUCCAGAUAUACAAAGUUAAGCAAAGCAGAUACUGAAAAAAAUAAUAAGUGGGCCAUGUUCCAGUUUGGUUGACUGUCUUCUCUCUUUCUUAAUUUGGCUUCCAAAUUUAAAGAUACAGCAAUCCAUGCAUGAUGCUAUGCUCAACUACAGGAUAUAGUUUUACUUUUCAUGACAGGUUAUUUGUUUCAUUCAAAAUGUUCCAGUCCUCAAUCUUGAACAACGUCUGCAUUUUAUUUUCUGCAGUGCUACUGACAACUUUCAAGAAAAAUGCAGAAGAUCUGAGACAAAUUUUUUUUGAGAUCUUGACUGUCCAUAAUAUGGACAUUCACAUUACAUUCUCAAGACAAAAUUCAGCUCAGUUUUGCAUUCUGGGGACAUAAAUUCUCCACUGUUCCUACUUGAUAAAAAUAUUCUUUUCUGUGAAGUGAUGUUAGGAAUUGUUAGACUCCACCUCAGUUUCACCUUUAUUUUCACCUGAGUAAGAGAAUUUGCAUGUUAUCUGGAGUUUGUAAAACCAUUUGGGAGUCAGUUCAUUAAGCUAUUAUGCUAACAAGCCAAACAUUUUUAGUCAGAUUAGUAUCAUUCAAAUUAUAUGAAAAGUCACAGCUCUUAUUUUCAUGUAAGGUUUUAUAUUUGCUAGCAAAGUUAUUUAAUGACAUUAAAACAUACAUAUUUUUCUGUGUUGGUGAUUUACUCUCCUGCUGUUAAAGCAAUGUACUGGGGAAUACCUACAUGCAGUGUUCUCAGGGAGAAAAUACUCCCAGAAUUCACUCUCAGAAGCAACUAAUAAGAAAGGUAUUGCUGCAGUGACCAAGAAGAGAACAGUGUUUCAGUUGUUCAUUUGCAGAGCUGGAUAUAAACUCACAAUUGUGGGCAUGCAUACAACCCGGACCUACUAGCAUAUAUACAUCAAUGAUAAGAUACAAAAUUGCAGUCUAAAAACUUGGCCUUUUGAUCCCAUGCUGCAGGUUGCUAAACAUAUCUCCAAUGGGUCCUUCAAUCUCCUCAACUCUUGCUUACUAUUUGAUUCCACAAAUAAACCUUGUAUCAAAUAGCCAGGUGCACUAACUCAGGAAGAUACUCAGCAGGUUUCUCUUGAUCCUUUUAACACACGCUGUUAUUCAAUUCAUUUUUCUCCCUAACAUUUCGCUUCCCACUGAAGUCAUUCUUCAGCUCAAAUCAUCACUAACAUGGAAGUCUUGUCUGAGCAACAGCUAGAGUCCACAUUAUUGCUACAAACAACAAGCCUCAUAUGUCUUUCAUCUUUGAAAUGACUAGAUUCACACAAGCACCCCAUACACUUUCACUCACAGCCUCUGAACUCUCAUCAGCCUUGAUGUGCAGCUGGUCAGCUUUAUAUAUUAAGGUGUAAAAACCAUCGCUGACCUUUUGUGUUUGUCCAUAGUAAGAAACAAUAGCCAGCUCAAGAAGAAGGCAUCUGGAAAUCUAUGCUCAGAGUCCUUCUCAAACACAUUUCACUUAAACAAAAUGAAAACAACAACAACAAAUCAACAUAAAACAAACAAACAAAAAAUUACCACUAUCAUCUGACUACUAACACUGCCAUAAGCUAUCAUCAGCCAGAAAAAAGUCACUCAAUGGGCUAGGUUUAUUUUUUCCUAACUAGUGAAGUUGUUUAUUUCCCCCUUCCUCUAAGAAGAAAAUCACUUGCCACCCCUCUAUUGCAGGCUGCCAACUUUCUUCUAUUACCUUACCAGUUUCACUGCCUCCUCUUUUCUUGCUCUUAAAAUCAUUCCCAAAUGCCUUCUGCACCUAAAGAGUGUUAAAAAGCAAUGAGCUUCAGAGAAAAUCUGAGUUCAUAUUUAUUUAAAUGCAUUAAUCCUCUGGGCUAUUGUGGGUAAUGAAAACAGUAGUAAGGCAAAGGAAAUGUGUAGCUGAGGUGCCAGAAUUUUUGUCUUCCAUAGCAACAUUCAGAUUUCCAGGCUAUCUCCUCAACUGCUUAGCAGUUUUUUUCUUUGGCAGCAUGCAUUAAGUCAUUAAGUGACUCUAUAAACACGGCAAGCAAACAAAUGAGUAGAGACACCCAUUACAUUCCACAGCAAGAAAGAAGUCCAUUUAAAAACAUUCCUUUAAUGUAUAAUAAUAUAGAACUCCUGAAAAGCAGUAUGAUAAACUAGUAACCAGCAUCCUGAGGUAAAAUAUGUUGUCAUUAGACUUCAAGUUGCAAUAGAUUGCUUUAGGUUCACUGGUUAAAUAACACAAAAUCACAGAAGAGCUGAUGCUGGAACAGCCUUUGGUAGAUUGCCAAAUCAAGCAUGAUCACCUGGAGAAGUCUGCCCAGGAUCAUGUUCAGAUGGCUUUUGAUUAUCUCCCAGUAGAGAGACUCCACAACCUCUCUGGGAACGUGUGCCAGUCAGUGCUCAGCCACAUUUGCAGUAAAAAACAACUUUCCUGAUGUUCAGACAGAACAUCCUGUGUUCCGUUUCUUCUUGUUUUGUCACCAGGCACCAGCAAAAAGAGCCUGGCUCUCCUUUCUUACAGCCUUCCUUUGGAUAUUUCUAAGCAUAGACAAGAUUCUCCUCGAGCUUCCUUUUCUCCCAGCCUGAACAAUCCCAUCUCUCUCAACCUGUCUUCAUCUGAAAUGCUUCAAUCCUUUAAUCAUUUGAGUGUCCUUUCAGUGGACCGGCUCUACUAAGUCCAUGUAUUUCUUCUAAUGGAAAGCCCCAAAUUAUACACAGCACUCCAGCAGUGUCCUCACCAAUGCUGAACAGAAGGGAAAGACCACCUCCCACAGUCUGAUGGCAACACUUUCUCCGAUGCAGUGCGAACACUCGGCCUUCUUUGCCACGAGGGCGCACUGCUGCCUCAUCUUCAACUUGUCAACAAGGACAUCCAGGUCCUUUUAGGCAAAGUUGUUUUAUAACUGGUCUGUCUGAGCCUGUGUGUUAUGCGUGGAGAUACUUCUUCCAAGGUCAAACUUCCCUCCAUGAGUUUCCUGUCAGCCCAUUUCUCCAGCCUGUUGAGGUUCCUCUGCACGAUAGCACAACUCCUCCCAGAUUUUUUAUCAUCUAAAAACUCUCAUGGAAUGCAUUGUUUCCCCCUUUCUACUCAGCUGUCAGGAGACCCCACUUGAAGAACUAUGUUCAGAUAUGAGGUCUGCAGCAAAAGAAAGACACAGACAUGUUACAAGGAUAAUAGUUUUAAGCUACACUAAACUAAAC